AUGUCAUAUGAGACAGCUCCAUGGAUAAUACCCAGUGCCUUAGCAUCCUUCAUUAGCUUUUCGUUCAGAGAUCCUUUCUCUGAUUCCGAUGACCCUUCUGCAUCGACCUUCUUCCCUUUCGAUUAUGAGAUUUCAAGACCUUUUCAACUAGAUCCUAGAUUCCAUAUGCAGGGAUCAAUAGAAGUCUCGUCCCAAUUUCGAAGAACGCGAAAUUUCGAUGUCUACAACAAUAUCAAUGCAGGAGGGCAUACAAUUGGGUUCGCAAAAUGUUUGUUCGUCAGGCAGACCCGGAAAUCAGUUUGCCCUAGAAGAGAUGGCGACAACACACCUGCUCCCUUGGACUUUGUUUCCCCUACAAGGUUCGACAACAGCUACUUCAAGCUUGUACUUGGGGGACAUGGACUUCUCCCUUCAGACCAAGUGCUUCUGACUGGGAAUGGAAGGCAGGCAGCUGAGCUGGUGAAAACCUAUGCAGCUAAUGAGAGCUUAUUCUUUCAGCAGUUUGCCAAGUCCAUGGUUAAGAUGGGGAACAUUAAUCCUCUCACUGGAUUAAAGGGACAAGUCCGGAAGAAUUGCCGCCACGUUAAUUAA